AUGCUCGGUGCAUUGAAGGGCAAGCCGUGGGUCAUUGGUCUAGCUUGCUUCCUCACGCUCGUCCUCUUCUACACUGUCGCCUCUCAAAACAAAAUCUCAGUACCUCGCCUGAACCCUGCCAGCCCGUCCUGGGAGUUUGUCACCGAACGCGAUGAGCGUAACCUGGGUCUCAGCGAGGAACAGUGUCAGCUUGCCUUCCCCGACCAAUACGCCGAGAUUACACGCGCUCGCAUCUGGCACGAGUCGCAAGGCGGCAUCCAAGAAUCUCAAAUCAAACUUUGGACCGAAGAGCCUGACAAAGCCCACGGCCAAAUCCGCAUCCUGAUCUAUGAUGGCGAUCUGUACAUCGUCGGCGAGAAACAGGGUGUUGUCGAUCGCACUCGCUACCUCAAUGGCGCCGCGAUGAUUUACCGCGCAAUUACCUCGAUCCCAGAUCCACGUGUUCUCCCCAAUGUCGAGUUCACCCUCGAUCGCAUGGAUCACCCAAACCCCGAACCACAACGCCCCGGACGCACUGCCUGGGCAUGGACCAGACAUGUCAGCGACAACAACACCUGGGUCAUGCCAGACUUUAAUGGCUGGGCAUCAUCCGGCUGGGACACGGUGGGCGGGUACCGCGCCUUCCGAGAGAAGACCAAAGCCACCAUCCAGCCCUUCAACACCAAGACCCCCAAGCUCCUCUGGCGCGGCCAAAUCAACGUCGGCCAGAAGAUCAGCCCCCCGCGCGUCGCGCUCCUCGAAGCCGCGCAGGACCAGCCGUGGUCCGACGUGGGCGAGAUCCACUGGGGCAAGGCUGGGGGCGUGGUCGCCAUGGAAGACCACUGCAACUGGCAGUUCCUCGCACACACCGAAGGCAACAGCUGGUCCGGCCGCUUGCGCAACCUGGUCAACUGUAACUCGGCCAUCGUCAUCCACAACCCGCUCGAAUGGGUCGCCCACUUCUACCCGCUGCUCAACCCUUCCGGCCCCGCGCAGAACUACAUCCCCGCCGCCGCCAAUUGGACCGACCUGCGCGACAUCAUGACCCACUACCUCUCGCCCGCCGGCCAAGCGGACGCCGCCCGCAUCGCCACCAACACCCAAGCCUUCUUCCGCGACCGCUACAUGACCCCCGCCGCCGAAGCCUGCUACAUCCGCCGCAUGAUCUACGAGUGGGCCAAAGUCCAACGCUGGGAGCCCCGCCUCUUCAAGCCCGCCACCGACAAGGACGGCAAGCCGACGGGCGGCGAGAAGAUGCGCGGCUUCAGCUGGGAGCGCUUCGCGUGGCGCCCUCCUCCAGCCUUCAAGAUCCCGCCGCCGCCGGACGACUAUUUCUUUCGCAGCGACAAGGUCGACUUUGAGGAUUGA